AUGGCAUCGAAGCUAUGUUGCAUGGCUGAACAGGAGGGGAGAUCGGACUCACCAGAGCUACCAAACGCUCGUCUGGGCGGCGCAACUCCCGCAAAGCGACCGCUGCUACCAAAACAAACUGGAUCGCCCAAUUCUCGCUUCACAAGCGUUCGGUCUGACGAGCUUCACGAGCUUCACCAGAUCUUCGAUCAUGCUCAGGAUGACGAGGCUUCUCCUAUCCGCACGCCUCGCACACGCUUCAGUCGUGCUUCCAUCUACAGUCUGCACAGUUUGCACAAGAUGACGAGCAUGCGUUCUUUGAUUAAGCGCAAAUUCUCAAGAGAUCUGGUGAGAAAGGACUCUGGACUAAAGAUUCAUAUCGAGGCAACGCAAAAGGUCACAACCGGGGAGCAGGACACUAUUGUUAGAACAUCGAAAGACGAGGCUAAGCAGCAGCUGAAGAUCACAAAAGACGACCUGCGCAAGGACCUGCUGAGUGACAAAAAGCCUGAUGAGGGUGGGUACGACUCUGAUGCUGAGAUGCUGGACGACUUUGCAAGGAACCUCGGCAAGAAGACCCCCAGCAAGAGAGCGAGCAUUCACAGCGUGAAUUGGUCGCCUUCCAUUGGCAGCAAAGCAACGCCGGUGUCAUCUACGAAGAGUCGCACCAUGAGUGCCUGCAACCACGAUCUACAGCCUUACCAGAUUCAAAAACCUCCAGCUGUCUCACUGGCUACCCGCGUCAGUCAUGUUUUCAGCACACCGAACCUUCGGGUCGAUGUCUCAGACCAGAGAAACCUUGCGUUCAGACGCUCCCAGUCUGCUACGUCAACGGUUCGUCCUGAAAUAUCACCACCGUCGCCAUUGAGACUUCCCAGUCUCACCAGCAACGACCCAAACGGGGUGCCUUGGGCUCAAGCAAUUAACGAAAGUCUUCGCCUAUCGCAAAUUCUAGCACCACCACGUCAGGUCAUUCCACAAAGCUCACAGACACUGCUACCUCUCGAUCAGGCUGUGACAAUAGCACAAGAUACAAGCCAAGAGUCCGGAUCUGACAAGAGUGCCUCUUCCCGAACAGCUUUGGGCGGAUCACCCGGAGCAACUGUUCGAUCGGUCGAAAUUCGCGUACAGCAACCAACUUCUGUCGCUAGUCCGCGUCCUCCUGCUUCCAUCCGAGGCGCCUUUCAAGAUAACUCGGCGUUCUCAAAGGAUGAAGUAGCCCACGAAGACGAGGUCGAUGAGGAGGACAACCCGCGCCAGUCGGUACAUCUCUACAGUAUGCGUAUCUCCCACCACCUACGCUCGGGCUCUUUGCUAUCCUGGGAGCAGCCUGCCGAUGCUCCGGAGCUCCCUGCUCCUACACAGCUCUUCCAUGACCGAACUGUUACAGAUCAGGUCAGACUCUCUCGUCCGAGCAUGCAGCUAGCUCGACAUGAACGACAAACAUCCAGCUCAGGGUUUGCUAGCUCGAAGGUGCCUCCAAGGUGGGGUAAGGUCUUGCCUACAGAUCACGAUAUACGGGGCGAUAUGGCAUCUUCCAUCUACUCGAGUAGACCACAGAGCCCUCCUGACAGUCUUGUUGCAUCUUUGACCAGCCUGGGAAGGACGUGCACAGGUCACGAUAACUUUAGCAAUACACCGAUCCGUUCUCCACAGGCCAGACGAUCCAAUUCCUUUCCUACUGAUAAUGAAAACACUCCUCGAGCGGUGCCGUUAUACGGCUCUUCGAACCUCAGAGCUGUACAGGGGGUACCCAUGACCAGCUCAUUGCUUGUUACGCCGGUUCCGCUAGCACGUAAGAACAGCGUUGCUGAUACUAAGAAAUCGAAGUUUCGCGAAGAGUUCAGCCCCUCUCCUCCACGAAAGAAGGCAACCCCGUCAGAGUCGAUUAUGAGGUUUUUGAAUCCGAAACGCCUCAGCGCACGAAGUCAAAGCGAAGCAUCUCUAAAGUCUGAGUCUCCGAUCCGGACUGGUGAUGGUGCAGUCGACACCCUGGAGGUUCCUACCAAUCGGGAACGGCGACAAUCGCAAUCUAUGAUGAGUCUUCAGACUGAAAAAGACGCCCUGGGGAAAGGCAAGGGGGCUGAUCACGUCUGGAACCAAGCUCUGAAAGCUCACCAGGAAGAGAAGGCAAGCUUGUUUCUACCGAAGAACCGCGAUCUUGCCACAUACGCCAGUCCUUUUCGAGAACGCAGUGGAAGCACGGUGACUCGCCACAGCGCCAACGAAGUUAGCACAUCGUUGACACGGGAGGCUCCAAACGCAUCUGGAAGCUUAUUCGUUCCAUCAUACGCCCCUUCAUUCGCGCUACAAGCUCAUGGGCUCGAAGAAUUCGCCAGUUCACGAGUCGUAUCGAGACGCAGUGCUAUGGCGAGUGCGGAGGACAAGGCUCUUGACCGAGCGAUUUCGAUUGCGUUCGAGAAACAAGGUGAUAGCCCUGAUGUUGUCGGAGCUUGGGGCCGCUAUCCAUCGCAUACUCGUGAUGAGCGGACUAACUCCGCUAGCAAGGCAGAUCGAGUGGAAAGUCGAGAUUUUGCGCUCGAGGCGGCCAUUGAAUUCGCCUCCGCUCAAGACAUGGAUGACAAUCUCAUUGAUCCUACAGAACGCGUGCCAUCCAUGCCACUCAUGCCGGGCGAAAGAAAGAGGAAGAAGAAGGUUGGCAGUAGUCGUAUGGCAAAAAGCAACUCCAUGACUUUUGGCAAAACGUUCCUGAAGAACUACUCGAAAAUUUUCAAGAGCUCAUCUACCGAGUUCAGAAAGCAUGGACGCAACCACCGCAGCUCCAUUGCAGCUGGUGGUGUGCUGGAAUUUCCGGAGCUCGAGAUUCUCCCAGAAGUAUGGAAACAAGGUUCCUCCCUCGAUGGCAGCGGCGAUCGAGGGCACCGACGUGAAGAGUCUAUGGUACGACGCCGUGCAAGUGAUAGCAAUGAGGCCGGUAAGUCGCAGACACACGAUUCGAUGGCCACUCUGCGACCUCGACGAAAUUCGUCGGCGCCGAACCUGAACGAGUUGGCCUCCCACGAUGGCGCUAAUGAAGACAAACACGCGGAGGACAACGCUCGCGUCUGGUCAGUAUACUACGACGAUUGUGUCCGAUCAUAUCCUUGUCCAAGCGCUGAGAUCGACUUUGGUCUUAAAGACUUUGGCAGGUCGGCUCGUAAUUCAUUUGACAGCAUCACGCCGUCCCAGUAUCCACAUACUAUGCCUGCACGCCUAGCGAGACAUUCACGCAACGCCAGUCGAGUAAGCCGCACCAGCAUAAUUAGUCGCGGAAGUGCACGACCUAGUUUCAAAUCGAUGGGCAAGGACGACGAGUUUGCGGAGAAGAGAAGCAUGGCUAGUGUACGACGCAGUACGAUGGACCUGAUCUCAAAGUUUAAAGAACAAGAGGUCACUGAGCGUGAGAGGGUGUUAUCCAUCACAAGAGCAGGAAGCUGCUACAAAAGUGACGUCUGGGUGGCGUCAUAG